AUGCCACCCAAACGCAAACUCAGCACCUUCGACCCACCCAGCGACACAAACCUCACCCUCUUCCUCAAACACACCGUCCACACCAUUCUCCUCCUCGUCGCACCCACCCAAACCUUCCCACAAAUCCUCACUCUCCUACUCUCCACCCUGCAGGAACGCUACCCAGAUGGUCUCUCCCCUCUCCCUUCCCCCGGCAACCCCGCAGGAAAAUCCACCACCACUCUCUCAUCCACCACCACCACUCUCACGGAGCGCAAAAUUCCCCUCCCGGACUCGGUCAAAAAUAUCGCCCUGGCCGUUCCGCUCGAUGUGCAUGAUCUCAAAGCUGGAUGGACGGAGUUGCAGUUGGGAUUGGGAGAUACGCCGGAGAGUGUGGGGGUGAAGGAGGGAGGGGUGUUGGCGUUUCGGUUUUUGAGAGAGGAUGGGGAGGAGGAGGAGGAGGAUGGAGAGUUUGAGGUGGCGUGGCCGAGUUAUGAGAUUUAUGAUGAGGGGGAUGAGGAUGCGGAUGAGAGGACGUUGGCGGGGGGCGAGGAGGAGGAGCUUUGAUGGGGUGGGGUUGAGAUGGGAAGGGGAUGGAAGGGGAUGGGAUGGAUGGGGAGAAAUGGAAUUGGUAUGGAAAAUGCAAUGGGACGAUGAGAUCUGCGCGCGGAUCUUCACGAGGAUGAUAGUGUGUACUGGAAAAUAAUCAUGCUGGCGUUAUAGGUAUGGAGUGGAAUGGAAUGGAAGGGAUAUUCUUUCAACCAUGAAUUAAAUGAGUAUGAGAGAAUGAGAGAAUGAUUAUGAAUCACAUGCGUUAUACAGUAAUGACAUGGUGGAUGCAUGACAUCUAUAUCUAUUCAUAGCUGUUUUUUUUUUUUUUCUUAAUGAAAUAGUACAGUUGUUAAAUCGUAAGU